GAUUCCGGAUAUGCUGCCGUCGUCAAAGAUAUCAACAAACAGAUAUUCUGACAUUUAAAAACGACAAAAUAGUCUUUCACCAGGCAGCUGGUGAGAGAAUGAAUGCUGAUGACUGCAAUGGACAUUCAUAUAUGUCAGCCAGUGGAGGAGAGACAGCGACGGAGCAUGGUGAUUUCUGCGGAGGUCUGAGGGUUCUGGCCGUGAGAACUCAACAGUCCUCUCUCAACCAAUCUCUCAGUGUGAACUCUAUUAAGGUAGAGGAGGACAGUGACAAUGAGCCUGUUGGUGCUCUACAGCCAGAGAGGAGAAAAGGAGAGAGAGAUGACAGAGAGGACACAAUAGAAGAAGGGAGUGGAGAGCUGGGAGGAAGGGUGGGUCCAGGGAGUGCAGGAAGUGGUUACGGGGAGCUGGCCAGUCCUCAGCCUGCGUCCCCUGGUCCCAUCCGACUGCCCAAUGGGAAGCUCCAAUGUGACGUGUGUGGAAUGAACUGUAUCGGGCCAAAUGUACUGAUGGUGCACAAGCGCAUCCACACAGGUGAGCGUCCGUUCCAGUGCACCCAGUGUGGAGCCUCCUUCACCCAGAAGGGGAACCUGCUGCGUCACAUAAAGCUGCACUCUGGAGAGAAACCCUUUAAAUGUCCCUUCUGUAACUACGCCUGCCGCCGCCGGGACGCACUCUCUGGACACAUCCGCACACACACUGUGCCCUCUCUGACAGUGGGUAAACCUUACAAGUGCAGUUACUGUGGUCGUAGCUACAAGCAACGGAUCACCCUGGAAGAACACCUUGAACGCUGCCAGAACUACCUAAAGAGUCUACAGAACCAUCAGCCAGCACUCAGCACUGAACACACUGCACAGGAUAUGGAGCCGAUGUCUGAGCCACAGGCUGUCCUCCAGCCGUCCACUAAGAAACUGUCUUUUAUAGACAGACUGGUGAACACCAUCACCAAACGCAAGAGGUCCACUCCACAGAAGUUUCUGGGAGAAAAGCACAUGAGGCUCAACGAGCCUGAUAUAACUUCUGAACUGUCCCCUGGUCCUGAAAAGGAAAAGGAUGGGGACCUGCACUCUGCACCCAACUCUCACCUUGAGGGAGAGGCUGGUGCUGCAGGGUUAGUGGGGAUGGGGGGCAGGUAUCUCCACAGGUAUGGAGGUGAUGAGGACCCUGGGUCUGAGCCCCCUCAGCUGGCCCUGCCCUACUCUGCCUGCCUGUCUGAUCCCAGCCCAGUCAUCAGCUCUGUUAACAGCCACCCGAUUCCUCUGGGUCCCCAGGUCAAUGGAGCCGUAGGUGGGCGUGGAGGUGGGGUAGCGGCCAGGUUUGUGGAGCUCGCUGGACGGGAAGCAGGCGAGGGACACAAGGACAUACCCUCAGGUCAGAGCCCCACGGUCAGCAAUGGCUACAGCAAGGGCCCCAGCAAUGGCUGCCAUGAUUUCAAAGACAAGUCCGACACAGAGAGCACAGCAGAGGAGCAGCAGAGCACCAGUGUUACAGCUCCAACCAGCAACUCCAACAACCACCACCUAUUCCCUAACCUACAGUACGUAGCCCCAGCCCUGCCCAGCAGCCGUCGCGACCGCCGUCCAAACCCCAAUCCCAGACACGCCCAAGACCCAGAUAUAGAGAGGGAGAGAGGGUACACCGACACCACUAUCCCCACCACUGUGAAGGGAUCGGGGAGCCCUGGUCCAGGGUCACCAUCCAUCUCCGGGGAAGCUUCUAUACAGGUACAGGUGGUGGACGGGGAGGGACGAGCGGUGCGGUCAUUCCACUGUGAGCACUGUCGCAUGUUCUUCCUGGAUCACGUGAUGUUCACCAUCCACAUGGGCUGCCACGGAUUCCACCAGCCUUUCCAGUGUAACGUCUGUGGCCACUGCAGCUGCGACCGCUACCAGUUCACCUCGCACAUCAUCCGCGGGGAGCACCAGGUGGGCUGAGGACGGGAGCACCAGGUGGGCUGAGGACGGGAGCACCAGGUGGGCUGAGGACGGGAGUGAAGGGGGAGAGCCGGUCCCAACUGCCCUACCCCUUAGCACUUCCCCUUCAAUGUUUACACAUCUGAAGGGUCUGGAUAGGUAUAACCAGUGUAGUGGUGGAGAUUUCACUGUAUUGCGUCCACAUUACAAGGC